UUUUGACAGAUGUAUAUGUGAAUUGUGAGUAAAUUCUCCUCGCUAAACUUAAAGGAUUAAGUUUGGAUUUAAUUAUUUAUAAAAGCUUAAUUAACUAAAUAACAACAUAUAUUUAUACUAUAGAGUAACGUGCAACUUUACGUUACAAAAUGUCGGAAAGAAAAGUUUUAAAUAAAUACUAUCCCCCGGACUUCGAUCCGUCGAAGAUCCCUCGUAUGAAAUUAGCCAAGAACCGCCAGUAUACUGUUCGUUUGAUGGCUCCAUUCAAUAUGCGAUGUGCUACGUGUGGUGAGUACAUUUACAAAGGGAAGAAGUUUAACGCUCGCAAAGAGGAUGUAGAGAACGAAGAUUAUCUUGGAAUAAGGAUUUAUAGAUUUUAUAUAAAAUGUACAAGGUGCCUUCAAGAGAUUUCUUUCAAAACCGAUCCAAAAAAUACAGAUUAUGAAAUAGAAGCAGGUGCUACCAGAAAUUUUAUGGCUCUGAAACUUGCCGAGGAACAAGCAAAGAGAGAAGAAGAAGAACAAAAAGAAGAGGAAGCUAAUAAUCCAAUGAAAUUACUCGAAUAUCGAACUGAACAGUCCCGACAAGAAAUUGAAUUGUUGGAGAGCCUUGAAGAACUAAAGGAACUCAAUAGACGGCAGCGCACCGUUGACUAUGAGGGUAUGCUUAAACAAUUCCAGUCUGAAUCUGUUGAGGAAAGGAAAGCAAGAGAGGAAAAAGAAGACAAUGAGUUUAUAAAGUCAGUGAAAUUCACCAACGCACCAAAACAUAAAAUCGUAACAGAAGAAAUUAUAGAAGACGUACAAGACGCCGACGAAUCGAAAAUAAAAAAUCCCAAAGUUGAAACAUUACCACCAAAGAUAGUUGAAACUAAGAAAAGUGAAUCAUGGAACCGAAGUAUAGGGGUCUUGUCAAAAAAACCAGCUCUAGGUAAUCUGGUAAGGACGAAGAAAUUGGAAGCAAAGGUUGAAAAAGAAACAACAGAGUCUCCAGAUCUACAGGACAAUUCUUCAAAUAAUAAAACGUCUGUAAAAAAUGAACCGUCAGCAUCAGGACUUUCGUUAUUGGCAAACUAUUCUGGCAGUGAUAGUGAUUCACAGUGAGUGAUUUAAAUUGUUUUAUUUAACGUAAACCUGGAAUGCACAUAUGU